AUUUUGAAACACAAUGUAGGAGUCAAAAUAAAGACACAUUUAGAAUGUUUAUUUAUGAAGUCAGUUGUUAAAGACAUUUAAGCAUGCCAGUAGAUUUAAACGACAGGGAUCCAAACGACAUCAACAGUAUUAUUAAGGUUCGAUUUGAAGAUGUCAUAGCGGAACCGGAAGGUGUCAGGACUAUAAAGGAAGUUUGGGCUUUAACCUUUGACUGCUUCGAGUGCUGUCAGAGCUGCAUUUACAAACUUCUUACUCUGUUUUGUGGUCUUUGCAUCGCCAUCGGAUGGGGGUGUGAGUUUGGGAUAGUUGCCUUUAACCAGGCGUGGCAAUGUACCCCAAGUCUGCGCUGUCUGAGCAUACAGCUGGGCUGCUUACAGAAGUGCCUGGUUAUAACGCUGAACUGUGUUGCUGGACCAUAUUGUGAACUGACUGGAAACUGUAUGGCUAGACUGAAGCAGGACGACGAUGGACCGUUAAAAGGCAGAUGAGAACCGUAGUGGUAAAGAAACUGAAAGAUCGCAAUCAUACAUAAAUUAUUUUAUGAUGAUUCCAUUGAUUCGUUAUACUUGUUAAUGUGUUCAGGGCUGUCGAUCAUAAGCGCUGCCAAUUGAAAACAUGCAAUACGUGUCCGUUAUACGGAUUUUGAUAAAAAAACCCCUGUUAUUUAUUUGUUGUUAAAUAAUAAAAGACGAAACAAUUGAAGAUCU